AUGGAAAGCUCAGAUGCUGACGAUGAAGAAGACAGAGUUUCGGUCCGACGCAGAGAUCAGAUAGACCGAAAGGCUCGAGAAGAUGAUUGCUACAGACUCGUAAGUGAUCUGAGUGAAGGAGAUUACAUACUUAUGAGGGACAACAAUUUGCUUGGCCCCCUAGGUGAAAGUACAGAAGAAGAGUUGAUGAGGAGACGUCAAUUAAUGAAAGAAAACCCACUACAAAACUCAGAGGAAAAUCCAGAGAGACAUGCUACAGAUGAUGUAUCCAGUGAUGACUCUCUAAUAGACUGCCUUACCGCUUCUGGACAAACUGAAAAUGUGACAAGUGAGCAAAAAGAAUAUCUGUCUUGGAAAGAAGAGAGCCAAAAUAGUGCUAAUAGUGAUGAGCUCAGAUUUGGCUUAGAAAGAAAUCUUGACCGUGAUGAUGAAAACUCAAAUCCAGAGGAUGAAUGUGUAGCAUCUGCAAAACUUCCCAGGAGAGAAGAUACGGAAGGCAGCCAACAAGUGGAAACCCCACAAUCUGAGCCACUAUUUACAACACCAUCUGCAUCAGAACAAGAUACAAUGGAAACAUUAGUGGAAGUCCCACCGACUAGAAGUCAGAGAAGACUAAGAAGGAGGAGCCCAGUCUAUCGGAGCACCAGAGCAAGGACUGACAGUUGGUCACCUCCACAUUCACGGUGGGAAUUUUUUCCAAGUAUUAAUGAAGAUAUACCAUCUCAGACUCUUAAAGAACCUCUCAUAUGUGAGAAUGAGAGAUCUUCUAGAACUGGGCAUGAAGAAACAUUGAGACAGGAAAUGCCUGGACAUGAGUUACAAAAUAGAGGAGAUGCAAAUGUGACAAGUGAACAGAAAGAAAUUCCGUCUUGGAAAGAAGAGAGCCCAAUUAGUGCUAACAGUGAUGAGCUCAGAUUUGGCUUAGAAAGAAAUCUUGACCCUGAUGAUGAGAACUCAAAUCCCGAGAAUGAAUGUGUAGCAUCUGCAAAACUUCCCAGAAGAGAAGAUACGGAAGACAGCCAAAGGCAAGUGGAAAGUCCACAAUCUGAGUCACUAUUUACAAGACCAUCUACACCAGAACAAGAUAUGACAGAAACAUUAAUGGAAGUCCCACCGACUAGAAGUCAGCGAAGAUUAAGAAGUAGCAGCCCAGUCUAUCGGAGAACCAGAGCAAGGACUGACAGUUGGUCACCUCCACACUCACUGUGGGAAAUUUUUCCAAGUAUUAAUGAAGAUAUACCAUCUCAGACUUUUAAGCAACCUCUCAUAAGUGAGAAUGAGAGAUUUUCUAGAACUGGGCAUGAAGAAAGUUUGAGACAGCAAAUGCCUGGACAUGAGUUGCAAAAUAGGGAUCUUAUUAAAACUUCUAAAACUAGGAAUGCUGUUCAUGAAGAAUGUGAUUCAGAUACAAUGUGCAGUAGUGAAUCUUGGGAAGUGAUGGAAACAAAUCCAACCACUCCCUUCAAUCUUGAAGUAGGGCAAGUUCAUUAUCAAGCAUGUUCUCAGAGAGACAGCAGACUUAGUAGAACUCAGUUAACAUCUGACUCACCAAACAACACUACCACUUCAGAAAGCGAGCAAGAGGAAUUGAAGCCUAUGUUUUCACAUUCUGACGAGGCCAAUGAGAGUGCUUCUGUCAAUACCAUCAGAAAUCCCGUUCAUAGAAUUUUAAAUACUAGCUUAAGUGACACAAUAUCUGUUUCAACUCAGAGUACAUUAUGGCAGACAAUGACAGGAUUUAGUAACUCAAGUAAUCUUAUGGACAGUGACAGUAAUUUAGAGCAUAGUGUCUCACCUCCAAGUGAAAACAUAGAAAGGGCAGAGUCACCAAAUGAAAGACAUGGACCCAGUGGUAGUGAGAGUCGCCCUGGUUCUGCUUCAAAUGCUAGAUAUGAUCCUGAUUCAAGUAUAAUAGUGAUAUCAGAUUCAAGCCCCUAUUUGAUUUCUAGCUCUGCAUCCAGUCCUAUAUUAAUUUCUAGCUCAAAUGAUGAAGAUUCAGAAACUAGCUCUCUGAUCUUGGUAGAGAGUGAAGAAAGAAGCUUACCAACAGGCUUAUCAGAGACCAGGCAAGAAGGUGGACGAACGUCCCCAAUCAUAAUCGAUGAUAGUGACUCUGGGUCCUCCCUUAUUCUGGAUCAGUUUUUCCUCCUAAAUGAAGAUGACCCAUAUGAAACUAUAGGACUUACCAGAGCACAGAUUGACAACUUGCCUUUAAGAUAUUUUGGAGAGAAUGAAGAAUUUAAAGCCUGUAGCAUUUGUAUCACAGAGUACACCGAAGGCAACACACUACGCAUCCUACCUUGCUCCCAUGAAUUUCAUGAUCACUGCAUUGAUCACUGGCUGGCUGAGCACAUAACCUGUCCGAUUUGUCGUGGGCCAGUAGUGGAUCCACCUGAGGCAGAUAAUUCUAUGUGA